AAAGCCCGAGUUCAUGGACACAAGAAGUGAUGACAGAAUAUUGGUACUGGUACCGUUUUAUCAUGUUUACGGAAUAGGCAUGUUGUUACUCGGUCUUUUCGCGAACUGCACCUGUAUUAUAAUGCCCGCCUUCGAGCCGCAACUCUUUCUAACCCUAGUGCAGGAAUAUAAGAUCACGCAUCUGCCGCUAGUGCCGCCAAUCCUGACGUUUCUGGCGAAACAUCCGCUAGUAGAUAAUUGUGACUUUUGCAGCGUGAGAGAACUCUUCAGCGCAGCGGCGCCGCUUCCGAAGGACAUCAUAACCGCGGUGAAGGCUCGCAUCGGCAUAAAAUGCGUUCGCAACGGCUACGGCAUGACAGAAUUGUCGAUGGCGACUAAUUUGAGCGGACGCGACGAUGAUGAUAACGAGUUCGAAAAUCUAG